CUUUGUACAGCACUUUCCAAUGAGUGUGAGCUAAUAGGUUCGCUACUUUGUAAAUUUUUUUAAAUAAUAAAUACUAGACUUCAUCUCCUUCAAAAGAUUUGUAAUUUAUAGGAACUUGCCAGCUCAUUGUUAUAAUUCAAAAUAAUUGCAAAAUGCACCGUAACGAUAGCGGUAUUUGUGUUAUGCAGCCACCCUCAACUAUACCAAGCUUUCCACAUUUUAAAAAACCUUCGCCCGUAGGUUUUUACAGUAUUGACACUAAUCUAGACUUUCAGCCGAAUGAUCGGGAGCUGCGUUAUCUGAGACUACCAGCCGCGUACCAGUUCCCUUUGAAUUUAAAUGAAGGUCUCAAUCUUGCGAUCAAAAAAGACAUUGGAAUCGGCGACAUUGAUAAUAUUUUAAAAUUUCUUAAUGAUCAUUAUAAAAGAAUUUUUUUGACUAGAAAUCCACCAGAAUUCGUAGCUUUCCGUGGACUCUUGCGUCGCAUUAUGUGCACGCCCUACGAUACAAAGCAAGAUUGGUGCGUACGUGUGACUCGUUUCAAUGGGACAUUUUAUUUAUCGGAACGUGAAACUGACCAAACGAAGUUUGAAAGGCUUUACGCGACAGAACAGCAAAGAACAUUCUGCGCGUACGGUUUUAAAUUUGAACAAUAUUGCCUGUCAAAGUGCCCCUCCAAAAAUCCUGAUGUGAGCGAACCAGUUGAUGAACGUGCCGAGUUCGCCUGUGUUUUUCAAACCCGCUUAGAGAGUCUAAAUCUGCUGUAUAGCGCGGAAAUGGAUGGUAUCAUGAGUCAUGACACUGUACCUCUCGAUUAUAAGGAACCUAAUUUGGGGCCAUUGAAAUUCGUGGAAAUCAAAGUGCGGGAAGGUAAUGUCACUGAUAGAAAAUUGUAUUCAUUCCUUCGCUACAAAAUACGCAACUGGUGGUGCCAGUCUUUUUUAGUUGGGAUCGAAGAUAUCUAUGUAGGCCUUCGUAACGAUAGAGGUUUCGUGCAAAAUAUUGAAUGCAUGAAAACUAGCUCAUUGCCUACGCUAAACAAUCAAAAUUUUUGGGACCCAUCGGUUUGCUUCAAUUUUUUGAAGCAAUUUCUUCUCACUUUGAAAAGUAUUAUGGGUCACGUGGAUAGCCCGUUUACAAUGUACGAAUUUUGCUUCAAUUCUACAACUGGACGUAUCUCGUACGAGUGCUUCACAAACAAAGAACGCUCUUUUCUACCUGAUUGGUAUAUGCGUCGGGUAAAUGAGUCAGUACGAACCCAGCAAUAAGAUCCAACUAAAUUAAUAAUAAUUUGAAUUA